GAUGAUUCCCCCAGGGCUCCAAACUAAACUCAAUCAUGCCGCCAAAAUCUAAGCCCAAAGCUACUAAUAACCCAAAGUCCAAGUCGUCCUCCGAACCCACCAAGAGCCAUCGACAAGAACCGGCCACGCCGAACUGGCCGCCGCUCAAGCCAUUGAUCCCGUCCUCCGACCUCGCGCUCGAGACAGUCCUUUCAGAUCAAAUCUACGUUGUUAGAAAUUUAUUUACUUCCACCCUCUGCAAGAACUACGUGUCUUUCCUCUCCACCCUGCCAUUGGUUACGACCCCCGGACGACCGAAAAGGGGAGAUGCAGUAAGGGUGAAUGAUCGCUUCCAGGUUGAUGACCUGAUGUUUGCAGAGAGAUUGUGGAAGGAGACGGCAUUGAGCCAGGUAGUUUUGGGACAAUCGGCAGACGCUGACAGUGCCGAGGGGAAGGACUUGUGGGGUGGGGAAGUUCUUGGAUUGAAUCCAAAUAUCAGGGUGUAUAGAUAUUCGAAGGGGCAGUUUUUUGGACAGCAUUAUGAUGACUCGGUAUCACUUCACCUCCCUUCCUUAGCGGACCGGUCUCUCCCAGGUAAAACGACCUGGACGCUUCUGAUUUAUUUGACUACCUGCACAGGUGGAGAGACGGUGUUCUAUCCCGAACCGGUUCUUUCCUCGAAGAAGAAUGGCUCAAAAUCUAAGCCUUUGAAAGACAACAAUGUUGAUAUGGACCCAAUCGCCGUGGAGUUGGAGGUUGGUAUGGCGCUGCUCCACCGUCAUGGUGAUAAAUGUCUGCUUCAUGAAGGUAGAGAGGUCAAGCAAGGCGAGAAGUGGGUGAUAAGGAGUGAUUUAGUUGUCAGGAGAUGAGAGAUAUUCUGCGGGGGUACCCAAAGAAGGCUAUGAUGAGGGUAGACAAAUGUCCACUAGAUAUAUGGGAAGUAUAUCGGGCGAUCCCAG